CCUGUCCAUGGCUGACAGUAAACAAAAUUCGUUUCUAAGGGAUUUAUUGCUUUUCAAAUGUUUUAUUGAUUCAAUUUGAGCAACAGUAAUAGUGUCCUGAAAAAAAGCAUACAGGGAUAUUUAGAAAGGGUGAAAUGUUGAUAAACAGUGAAUUACUAUGUAAAUGCCUUCAGAGCUUGGAUCGAAGGGAACGGCAGCGUGCGCUUAACGAUCUCCUAGAAUUUGCUGUUUCCCCGGAAAAUAAACAAGAAGAUGUCAUUCAGAUUUACGAUGAGACUUACCUGUACAUUCUAAAAUGUUAUUCCGACAAGUACGAGAGUUGUCGCGAGCUAGCAUCGAGUGUGGUCACCGAGUUCUUCAGACGCCUUCCAAAGAAUGAUUACUACUUGCAGUAUAUUGUCUCAACAUUACACAGCCGCAUCGGACAAAAGGAGCUUAUCGAAGAGAGUGAGGAAAUACGUUUACUACUCCUCACCCAAUUGGAUUCUUUGAUUGAUAAGUUUCGUGCCGAGAAGCCCGAAAAGGAUUCUGACUAUUUGCUAAAAUGCUACGAUGAAAUCGUAGACAUUCUCCUGAAGGAGCUGCGAGACAACUACCCUUCGGCGCAAAGAGCUGCGUGUAGCUGCAUUCGAACGCUAGCAGAAGCAACUCCAUCGUUCCAUUUCCGUGCAGAAGCUUUAGUCAAACCAUUGUUGCCUUUGUUGCAUCACAAACACUCUAUGAAUCGCGUCAAUGCAAUCGACACCCUGGGAAUAAUCGCGCUGCACAUAUUAACCAAUGGCGAUUGCAUUACACAGAUAAUCACUGAAAUUUCGCCUUUACUGAUGGAUUCCAUGCCUCUAGUAAGGAAGGAAUGCGGUAAAACGGGAUGCCGUUUGAUAAUGGAGCUAAGAGAUCGAUACUCGUACUUUCCUAGACUAUUGCCUUUGAUAUUAUGCUGCCUAAACGAUGACACGCCAGACGUUCGCGACUACAUUCAGAAUCUAUGGGUUAAGUGCGGCCAACAAUAUUAUGAAGAGAACGAGAAUGAACUUAGCAAAAAGGAAAUAGUGGAUGAUAUGCCACUUCGUUACCCUGAUGAUAUCAAACGACCAAGUCUGGGGUGUCGAGCCCUUGUACAGAGGAGUCUUAAGAUUAUUCAACUCGUUUUAAGGGAGACGACGGAUUGGAAGGAAGAAGUGAGAUUGCAUUCGCUGAAGCUUUUGUGGCAAAUUAUUCUUCAUGCCGAAGUGAUGACCGCAGUACAUGUUUUGGAUAUAUUUCCGGUAGUUGCUAAAGCCUGUGCGGAUCCUGAUAAAAAGGUGGAGAAAGAGGCUUUGAAAUGCGCAGAACUUAUGGGCAUGCUCAUGAUAUACAAAGAAUGGUUCAGUAGUUGCUUAGGAACUCUGGGAGACAACCCAAAACUUGGCUACCUAAAAGCUUUCCAUUCCAUGUUCUCCGCCGCUACUAGAUGCAGUUGCAGAGAGGAUGUCCAAGAAAUAGCUAGAAUUCUGCAUCAACGUGAUUUCUCGCAUAGCUUGAACCCUGAAUAUCAAAUGUAUCUUCUUAAAUUUGUGGACGUACUCAUCGAUGCCCAAGAAAAAACAGAAUCAAUAUCAGAAGCAAUGGAAAACCUUUCAUUUGCCGAUAUUGAAGACAAAACUGAACAGUAUUUAUAUCAUAUUGCAAUAAAAGUUGCAGCGAUCUCAUACGACAGUGAUAUCGAGAGUUUGAAAAGCUUCGGUCGAGAAAUACUGCUUAAACUUGGGAAAAAUGACGAAAAAGUUGUAAUGAAAUUGCAUGAGAAAUACUUGAAUUCGGUGCUAGAAACUUUUGAUUGCCUGGAUGCCGACAACGAUGGAAAUUCGGAACCUAUUUUGCUUCUACACGGUGUGAUUUGCCUUUGUGGAUUUCAACAUGAUUAUCUUGACAAUUUGAAGAAAUUAAUUCUGAUUGUGUGGAAUCACGGAUCAAGCGACGCAAAGGUGAAGAUUCUCAGCGCAAUUUCAAUUGGAAUGAUGUCGUGGGAUAAAACUAUCAACACAGAUUUAGAAACUAGUUCGGGAUUAUUGCGAAACUUCGUUGAAGAAGUUAUUCAACCACAUUUAGUGUGGAAAGCAGGGGCAAGCGCAGAAGGGUUACGAACCCUGGCAACAGCGACGUUAUGUUCAAUGGCGCAGGGCGCACAGAAAGAAGUACCAGCGAUUCUAGCGGAAUUAGCUAAAACGUUUCGGGAACUUGUGGAAGACAACUGUGCAGCAACUCGCGUGUAUGCUCUUCGCAGUCUCAUGAAUAUAGGUCCCAUCGCUCUAGAGGAUCUGCGAGCUUUGGGAUAUGCUGUUAUUCAACGUCUUGAUGACCCUAGUGUUGAGGUUAGAGACUGGGCCGCGCGAUCUAUAACGAAGAUAUGUGUGAAUGAGAAUGUUAUGGAGAAGACGGGCCAGAAUAGUGUUAAUGCUUAUAUGACGGAUAUAUUUUCGAGUUUGUUUUUGCAUUUUGAAGGCCCGGAACUAAAGCUGCGGAAUACUAUCAAAAGUUCAUUGGUAAUCCUGGGAAAAGCACACAGUGAGGUCUUCGUAGAGGCUUAUAAUAAGGCGUAUGCUAUUGCCGGUGCGAGUAUCAAGGAAGAAUUGAAAGAAAUAAAAAUGUUAGUUGUUCCAUGAGUUUUUAAUAAAGGUAUUUCCUCGGAAGCUUUA